UAUUGAUAUAUAAAAAUGUCCUCCAGUGAUGACCUGUCCGUUCCUGAUGAAGCUGACACUAAACCCAUGGAUUUUGAGGAUGCCAUGGAUAAUACAACUAAGCCGGGAAGUUUUGGGAAAUACCAGCUAUUCCUUUAUGGACUGUUCUGUUUUGCAACUACGUGUACUGGAGCAUUAAAUAUGGACCUUGUCAUUAUUUUAGGGAUGCCAAAGCACAGGUGCUCAGUUCCCGGCUAUGCUAACGACACAUUUGAGAUUCAAGGCGAUGCACACCAAGCGCUUAUCAAUGCGUCCAUCCCAGAGGGGGAAUCUUGUACCACGUACGAUACUGCACAAAAUGGUUCCCUGUUACAGCAGAAAUGUUCCCAAUGGGUCUACGAUGAUACGUUUUACUCACCGUCCGUUAUCAGUGAGUUCGACAUCGUAUGUGACAAGGUGAUCCUGCGAUCGGUUACCAACAUGUUGUUUAUGUUCUUCAAGAUACUCGGCGGAAUUGUGGGAGGGCAAAUCUCAGACAGAUUCGGCAGGAAAAAGGUAUUCUGCUUCUCGUUGUUACUGAUGAGCCUCUCCAAGCUAGCCAGCGGAUUCGCUCCCGAGAUUUACUCCCUAAUGAUUUUCAGGGGGUUCUCAUCAUGUUUUAGUGUAGCAUUUUAUCAAACUGGUUUCGUCUGGGCGAUGGAAUUCGUCGGUUCCUCCAAGCGACAGAUUGCCGGAAUGGCCUCAAACUUCUUCUUUGCCUUUGGCGUAUGUCUGGUCACGCCAUUGGCCUAUUUUAUCCGAAACUGGAGGCAUCUAACAUUUGCCAUCACGGGGCCAUGUGUCUUCUUCUUCGGAUAUUGGUGGUUAAUAGAAGAGUCACCUCGAUGGCUGAUCACAAACGGACGGCGGAAAGAGGCAGAAGACAUCAUCCGUAAAGUAGCCAAGUUCAAUGGCAAGUCGGACGCACUGCCAGCUGGGCCGCUUUUUGAAGGAACCAAGGACAAAGAAGAUCAAGAGGUGGUGCCAGAGAAAACAGUGAAUUGCUGCACUAUCAUGAAAAAUAAGACACUCGCUGUGAGAUUGAUUUGUCUUAGUAUAAACUGGGCUGCUGUCUCUGCUGCCUAUUACGGUCUUUCCCUCAAUUCCGGAAACCUCUCUGGCGACAUCUACAUCAACUACCUCGUGACUGGUCUCAUUGAAAUUCCCGCCUAUAUCUACGCUCUGUUCGCACCAAUGAAGUUUGGCAGAAAGUAUACACAUGCAUUUGCUAUGAUCGUUGGAGGAACGGCGUGCAUUGUCUCCAUAUUUCCUGUAAUUUUUGGUGGAUCAUCACUGUCCUGGUUGAUCACCACGCUCUCGACAAUAGGAAAAUUCGGUGCUUCUGCUUCUUUUGCCUCUGUGUAUAUCUGGACGGCGGAGAUGACCCCGACGAGUAUGAGGGUGGUCACACUGGGUAUCACGUCCACUGCUGCUAGGGUAGCUAGCAUGAUAGCUCCCUACAUCACAGAUUUAGGCAUGCUGAUAGUGGGCCCCUUUUCCAAGGCGUUACCUCUGAUUAUAUUGGGAGCCUUUGGGCUUCUUGCCGGAAUCUUCAGCUUCACUUUACCAGAGACUCUUGGCCGACCACUGCCAGAAACAAUAGAGGAUGCGUUAUUGCUUGGAAGGGCACCGAAAAUUAGCACCGAGGAUGCUAACCAAACAGAGCUCGAGCAACUAAACGGAAAACAAUCAAAUGGCAGUGCCGUUAAGGCAUAAUGCCUGAGGAGUGUUAACAAAGUUAAGAUCCAAACCUCCAGCACGUUACAUCACGGAGUGCAUCUAUUUCUUGAGACACUGAACAUCAAAUGGGCAUUUUCUUUGCGGCAAUCUUAUGGACGCCUCAUUUCUGCCUCUUCUGCAACCCGUUAAUGCUUACCUUAGUCACGUGAAAGGGUUUUCGCAGUAAUUGUAAGGAAGCAAUUGACACAUUAACUUCCGUUCCUACAAGAUGUUCCUGAAAGACAGACGCGUCGGCGACAGAAAUAUUGAGUGUAUUUAGUUCACUAUAAUAGAACAUUUGUAAUUUGAUAGUCUUUACAUGUACAUGUAGUUUUAAAUGGCGUGUUGAUUACAACAUUAGCCGAGUGACUGUAUGGGGACAGUGAUAUAAACUCGGGUAUUGUUUCCAUUCCUGUCAAAUCGUGAAUUUUACACUGCACUCUAUAAUAAUCAGCUUGUACAUUAUACAUGAACCAUUAUAUAUAUGCGAUAUUUAUUUGAAAUAAAUUAUUAUUUCUGCAAAAGAAUUUUGACUUUGCAACUGGACGUUGAUCGGUGAAUCUGUAGUAAAUUGCCGCCGAUGAAUGCAAAAUAAAAUGGUCUAUACACUUCUGACUAAGACUAUACUGAGCUAUACAUAUCGAGAAAUGUACAACGUACGGGUUUAUGCAGGCAAAUAAAGAUCUUUCAGCAGACAAGCUAGGUAAAUUUCGUUAAGACAUGUGCACCUGGUU